UGCUAAAAGUUUUGUGUCCAUUCUUGAAUCACUAUCACUUUAGUCUUAGUAGCUACAUAUAUAAAACCACUCAUUGAGGAUUGAGAAUAAUUAAAAUUUUCUGCAACAACAAUAGAAAGAAAAUGGCUUUCAUCAAGGUAGUGUUCUCGGUGUUGCUCCCGGUAGUUGUCUCCAUGCUCGUGGCAACGACGACAAUGGCGGAUCACCGUGGCCAGGUGGUUUAUACCCCCGGGCAGCUAUGCGCUGCCGGACGGGGCUACCCGAUGUACCCGCUGCCCCGCUGCCGGGCGCUGGCGAAGCGCCAGUGCGCCGGCGGUGCCGUGGACGAGCAAGUCCGGCAAGACUGCUGCCGGCAGCUCGCCGCCAUCGACGACAGCUUCUGUAGGUGCCCCGCGCUGAGCCACAUGUUGGUUGGAAUGUACAAGGAGCUCGGUGCACCCGCUAAAGGGCAACCCAUGGACGAGGUGUUCCCUGGCUGCCGGAGAGGCGACAUGAAACGCGUGGCGGCGAGCCUCCCGGCGUUUUGCAAUGUAGACAUUCCCAUUGGCAUUGGUGGUGUUUGCUACUGGCUGAGUUAUCCUAUGAACCCCGCGACUGGCCACUAAGAAAUAGCUACCUUGUGUGUCUUGUGUGGUACCUAUAUAAUUAGUGUUUCCUUUUGCUUGGAAACAUAUAUAUGUGGUGAAUAAAUGAUGAACUCUGAUAGUCUUAUGAUGAUUC